AUGACAUCUUUUGGAACCUACAGAACCAUGGAGGACCCUGAGCUUCUCUUUCAGUUUAGCACCCCGCUGGUAGGCUCGUCGCGCACACUACCUACCGGGAUUUCAGCCGGGGAACCCAGCAGCAGAUGGCCCGGUUUCGAUGCGAGUCCGCGCGCCGCGGCUGCGGACGACGAGGAGCGCGACGGAGACGCGGCGACAUUGCAGGGCAGCGGCGCAAGCAUUUGUGACGAGGCCGCUACGCUUUACUCGCACACCGUGAAACGUGAUACGCCGGCUGAAUCUGGCGCCCGGUCCGAGGCGCCAUGGGUCAACGCCGCCGCGAUCGGUAGCGGAUACGCUCCGCACCCGCUAAAAAGUGGCACGGCCUCAGUGUAUCGCUCAAACGCAGCGUUGCUUUCGCGUUUCAACAAUGCGCUGUCCAAGUCGUUCUCGUCUGACCAGCUUCACCAGAUCGAGCGCAUGGUGGACGAGUUCUGGCUCCGCGAAAGCGCCCUCACCGAAGACAUGUUCGAGGACUCUUCAGACGAAGAGUAG